AUGGUCCGGCGGGUUUGGGUGGGAGGGCUGGUUAAGCUGGGCGUGCACUGCAUCACAGGCCAGAAGGUCGCCAUCAAGAUCGUGAACCGGGAGAAGCUGUCGGAAUCGGUGCUGAUGAAGGUGGAGCGGGAGAUCGCCAUCCUGAAGCUCAUCGAACACCCACACGUCCUCAAGCUGCACGAUGUCUACGAGAACAAGAAAUAUUUGUGUGUUGCUGUGGCGGCAGGUGCUAUCAUCACUCCCACUCAACGGGAGUUCGGCUUCCCAGAGGACGCUCAGCCUCCCGAGGGGUCCCCGCACUAUGCGUGUCCGGAGGUGAUUAAGGGGGAGAAGUACGACGGCCGCAGGGCGGACAUGUGGAGCUGUGGGGUCAUCCUCUUCGCCCUGCUGGUGGGGGCUCUGCCCUUCGAUGAUGACAACCUCCGCCAGCUGCUGGAGAAGGUGAAACGGGGAGUCUUCCACAUGCCCCACUUCAUCCCGCCGGACUGCCAGAGCCUCCUGCGGGGCAUGAUCGAGGUGGAGCCGGAGAAGAGGCUCAGUCUGGAGCAAAUUCAGAAACAUCCUUGGUACCUGGGUGGGAAGCAUGAGCCGGACCCGUGCUUGGAGCCGACCCCGGGCCGCAGGGUGGCCAUGCGGAGCCUGCCGUCCAACGGGGAAGGUCACUUAUGCGUUUUGGGGCGCUUAGAGCCUACUGGGAGUUGUAGUCCGGCCUCACCCUCGUCCUCUCCUUCGCAGAGUCCGGUCUUUUCCUUCUCACCGGAGCCUGGGGCUGGAGAUGAGGCUCGGGGAGGAGGCUCCCCGACUUCCAAAACGCAGACGCUGCCUUCUCGAGGCCCCAGGGGUGGGGGCGCCGGGGAGCAGCCCCCACCCCCCAGUGCCCGCUCCACUCCCCUGCCUGGACCCCCAGGCUCCCCACGUUCCUCCGGGGGCACCCCCUUGCACUCGCCUCUGCACACUCCCCGGGCCAGCCCCACCGGGACCCCGGGGACGACGCCGCCUCCAAGCCCAGGCGGUGGUGUCGGGGGAGCCGCCUGGAGGAGUCGUCUCAACUCCAUCCGCAACAGCUUCCUGGGCUCCCCUCGUUUCCACCGGCGCAAGAUGCAGGUGCCCACCGCCGAGGAGAUGUCCAGUUUGACGCCGGAGUCCUCUCCAGAGCUGGCAAAACGCUCCUGGUUCGGGAACUUCAUCUCCUUGGACAAAGAAGAACAAAUUUUUCUCGUGCUAAAGGACAAACCUCUCAGUAGUAUCAAAGCGGACAUCGUCCAUGCCUUCCUGUCGAUCCCCAGCCUGAGUCACAGCGUGCUGUCACAGACCAGCUUCAGGGCCGAGUACAAGGCCAGCGGUGGCCCCUCCGUCUUCCAGAAGCCCGUCCGCUUCCAGGUGGACAUCAGCUCCUCUGAGGGACCAGAGCCCGCCCCGCGACGGGAUGGCGGCGGCGGCGGUGGAGGUGGCAUCUACUCUGUCACCUUCACUCUCCUCUCCGGUAGGUUUCCCUGGACGAGGCUGCCCCCACCCAGCCUGGUGUUUGGGAUGCUCAGGACGGCUGAGAUAGGAUACCUUUCUCGAGUGGACUCCCCCAUGCUGAGCCGGCACGGGAAGCGGCGGCCGGAGCGGAAGUCCAUGGAAGUCCUGAGUAUCACGGAUGCGGGCGGCGGCGGCUCCCCGGUGCCCACCCGGCGGGCCCUGGAGAUGGCCCAGCACAGUCAGAGAUCCCGUAGCGUCAGUGGAGCCUCCACCGGCCUGUCCUCCAGUCCUCUGAGCAGUCCGCGGAUCCCCAGCCUGAGUCACAGCGUGCUGUCACAGACCAGCUUCAGGGCCGAGUACAAGGCCAGCGGUGGCCCCUCCGUCUUCCAGAAGCCCGUCCGCUUCCAGGUGGACAUCAGCUCCUCUGAGGGACCAGAGCCCGCCCCGCGAUGGGAUGGUCACCGGUUUGAUUCCAGCGUGCUGUCACAGACCAGCUUCAGGGCCGAGUACAAGGCCAGCGGUGGCCCCUCCGUCUUCCAGAAGCCCGUCCGCUUCCAGGUGGACAUCAGCUCCUCUGAGGGACCAGAGCCCGCCCCGCGACGGGAUGGCGGCGGCGGCGGUGGAGGUGGCAUCUACUCUGUCACCUUCACUCUCCUCUCCGACCUGGGAGCGAGUUCGGGCCUCACCGGGGAGCUUGUGUCUGCGCCCCAGGGGCCCCCGCCCGGCCGCCCAGACCCAGACCCAGAGCGCUCUCCCCGCCGAGGCCCCCCCAAGGACAAGAAGCUCCUGGCCACCAAUGGGACCCCUCUGCCCUGACCCCAGGGGGCCGGGGAAGGAGGGGAGCCCCCUCCACCCCCCUUCCCUGCCCCCCUAACUGUGAAUCUGUAAAUAGGGCCCAAGGAGUACAUAGGGAGGGGGAGAUACAACCAACCCAGCCUCGCCCUGCAGGGAUGGGGCUCCAGGGGCCGUGCCCAACGGGGAGGGGUGGUUCUGGGGGAGGGGGGUCCCGGGGGUGGGAGCUGUUU